AUGUCUCUUCCUAUUCUCCCUCCUGAACUUAUCGAGGAAAUUCUUUCAUGUCUUCCGGUGAAACUUCUCGUGAGAUUCACAUGCGUUUGCAAACACUGGAAUUCGCUCAUCUUUGAUCCAAGAUUCGCUAAACUUCAUCUUGAAAGAUCACCCAAACACACACACACCCUACUUACCUUACUCGAUGGUGUAGAGGAGUCUGAAACUUGGGUGGUAGCUCCGCAGUCAGUGCGUCGUUUACUCGAAUACCCUGCCUCCACUGUCGUCAACGAAGACAAGUGUUACCGUUUCACAGUCAAUAAUUUUUAUGCAAUAGGCUCUGCCAACGGCUUGGUCUGUUUCAUUGGUGAUAAAUCAAUGCAUUAUGAAAACAACGAAAUUUAUAGUUGGUUAUGGAACCCUAGUUUACAAUUAAUAUCCAGAAACUCACCAACUUUGUCUUUCAUGCAUCCUAAUCACUGGGUGCACCUUGGAUUUGGCUAUGAUGAUUCAGGAGACACAUACAAGGUGGUGGCUGUGUUAUGGGAUUAUACAGUGCAGAAAUGGGAGGGGAGAGUUCAUUGCAUGGGCGAUAGUUGCUGGAGAAAGACUCUCGCUUGCCCUAAUUUUCCAACUCUACUAAUUAGAACUCCCAUCGGACGAUUUGUUAAUGGUAGUGUUAACUGGUUAGCGCUUAACAACUUAACCUAUCAUGAGUAUGAAUGGAAAGAUGUUACCAUCGAACAGUUAGUGAUCUUUUCGCUUGAUCUGCGCAACGAAACAUGUAAGUAUAUUUUGCUGCCUAACAGUAUUGGUGUAAAGCCCCAAGAUGAACCAGAACCAGCUCUUUCUGUUUUAAGGGGUUGCCUGUGCCUUUAUUAUAACCACAUGAAUACUCAUUUUGUUUUGUGGGAAAUGAGAGAGUUUGGAGUUCAAGAGUCUUGGACUCGGUUGGUGAAUCUUCGCUAUGAGCAGAUUCAAUGGGAUUUUGUGCCUGAUUUGCGUCUGUUGCCGGUGUGUCUGUCGGAAAAUGGAGAUGUCCUGAUGCUGGCCUGCCCACUAGCUUGGCAUGAAGUUAUUAUGUAUCAUCCAAGAGAUGGUAGAGUUGAACAUAUUGUACUUCCUAACAAUCAAGUUUGGUAUGCCUAUGAACAUAUGAAGAGCUUGGUUUUGCCUCGGCCUCAUCCACAUUAAGCUCCUAUGCAGCAAACUGCUCGUUUUUUUUUUAUAGUUUGUGUUGGAUUAUUCAAGUGUUGUAAUAAUAACUACUGAUGGUU